AAAUUCCUCUGACAACAAGGGGGCGGGAUUGCAUACAAAAUAACGGGGCACAAAAAGAGUUUAGGGGUGUUGGUGGAUUUUCUCAGAAUUUUGUUAAUUAAGGAAGUCAAAAGUAUACUUCUUUAAAGAUUAUUGAAGAUUUCAGAGAUCUUAAUAACAUCCAGCAGUUAUGGCAGAUGAAGAGGCUGUUCCUGGCGUAGAGGGUCCACUUGUCGCAGUGACAUUUCAGAGGAAUCCUCACCAAAAGCAGAAGUACCUGGAGUCUCAACCCAAAGCAUUGGGGGUGACUCAGAUUGCCCUCAGUGUGUUCUAUAUCAGUUCUGUCAUUGUCAUUCUCACCAACAGCAUGAGCAUGGUGGUUCUAGACCCACCACAAAUCAUUGGAUCAAUAUUUGUGAUCAUAGCUGGUAGUUUGGCCAUAGCUGCACAGAAUCUCCAUCUUCCCACUCUGAAGGCCUGUCUGGGGAUGCAGGUAGUGGCCUGCGUAGCAUCAGUGUUCAACUUGAUCGUCUCUGUGGCAAGAAUGGAAGCACCCAGUUAUGUCUGUUGGAAAUACAGUGAUGUGAAUCUCACUGAUUACGACAAGACUUGUGUUUUAUUUCAUAAUUCUGCUACACAUUACUUUGCUGAGUUGAUCCUGAUUCAAACUGCUCUCAUCGCUAUCUCUAUCACGCUGGCUGCCUACUGCUGUAAGGUGGUCAACUGCUGCUCCCCAGGACCACGAAUGCCGGUGAUCACAGUCCAAGUCCCUCCUGCUCAGCAAUGAGGAGAGAUACCAUGUGAGGACCUAUCAAGACAAGAGAUCCAACCCCUUAAUCAACCAGCAAAAACAUUCUUCCAUCAACUGACAUAUUGUAGGCCUAUAUGCCUACACGUAUGUCAGACCGAUGGAUUCUUUUUUUAUAUAAAAAACUGCUUGGCAUGAUGUAGCCUAAUGUGAGUUAUAUUUUAUUAGAGGUCCUAGCAGGUUGGUAGAACUGUGAUGGAAAACAUUUUGUUGGUGCUUUUCUAUUUACCAAUUUCUGUGUUCUAUGUUUGUGCUUUUCUAUAAACAAAUUUCUGCGUUCAUGCAAGUGACUGAUUAAAGGAAUCCUCACUAUCAGUAUCUGCAAUUUGGCAGUACACCGAGAUCCUUGUUUAGGGAAAGGGAUAUCUCAAUUUCAAGGUCUCAGCUUAGAGAGAAGAAGCCUUGUGAGGUAAGCUAAUUCAUGCAAAUCUAACUUUUCAGUAUAUAAGGGAACUAAUGGGACUGCCCGUUAGAGCUCACUUCAGACCGGUACUUUAUGCAUCUAAGUUUGACUGUGACCUCUCCAGCUUGCUGACAAUAAAGAAUGAUUCAUUUAUAA